UGACAUUUAGGCCAAGUUUUUGAAUAACAAUAUUUGCAAAAAUGUCCGGUUUGAUAAAAAGCGUGCGCGUUUUAUCCCGAAAUUCGAGUUAUUUACGAGCUGUUGCGAUUAGGCCACUGACUGUCAUUGCCAAUAAACACAAAAAUUAUGACCAGCCCCCGGUUACAAGCAGCUCAGUAUUUGCACCCCUUAGCCAGAGACUGGUUUUGCCACUUGAGCGAUGUUACAGUUCCAAGCCACCGUUGACUUUAAAACUUAUCACAGACCGCGUCCUCUUGGUAUUAAAACUGUACGAUAAAGUCAAUCCAGACAAGCUCACGCUAGACUCACACUUUAUUAAUGAUCUGGGGCUUGAUUCCUUGGACCAUGUGGAGGUGAUCAUGGCCAUGGAGGACGAAUUCGGGUUCGAAAUUCCAGACGGAGACGCCGAAAAACUGCUAAAACCCGCUGAUAUCGUGAGGUAUGUUGCGGACAGGGAAGACAUUUACGAAUAGGUUUGUAGUAAAACAGUAGAUAAGGCUUAAUGUUGUGUUUGUUUUGGCACUGAUU